AUGGUCCUCAGUGGUGUGCUAGCUCUGGGACUCCACAUCUCGAUGACCCUCCUGAGCCCCCAGGAAACAGGAGCCAUCCAAGCUGACCACAUGGGCUCCUACGGACCAGCCUUCUACCAGUCUUAUGGUGCCUCGGGUCAGUUCACCCAUGAAUUUGAUGGGGAACAACUCUUCUCUGUAGACUUGAAGACAAAGGAGGCUGUGUGGCGUCUGCCUGAGUUUGGCAAUUUUGCCCACUUUGACCCACAGGGUGGGCUGGCCAGCAUCACUGUGAUCAAAGCCCAUCUGGACAUCUUGAUGGAACGCUCCAACCGCACCAGAGCAACCAAUGUGCCUCCAAAGGUGACUGUGCUCCCCAAGUAUCGAGUGGAGCUAGGCCAGCCCAACAUCCUCAUCUGCAUCGUGGACAACAUCUUCCCCCCUGUGAUCAACAUCACCUGGCUGCGCAAUGGUUGGACAAUCACUGAGGGUGUGGCCCAAACCAGUUUCUAUUCCAGGCCUGACCAUUUGUUCCUCAAGUUCCACUACUUACCCUUCGUGCCCACAGCAGAUGACGUCUAUGACUGCAAGGUGGAACACUGGGGCCUGGAUGAGCCACUCCUUAAGCACUGGGAGCCCUACAUGCCUACUCCACUACCAGACACCACAGAGACUCUAGUCUGUGCCCUGGGCCUGGCAGUGGGCCUGAUGGGCUUCCUCACAGGCACCAUCCUUAUCAUCAGUGGCAAAUGCUGGUCCAGAGUUCCCAGGUGCACAGAGCUCUAG